AUGGCUGUCGAAUCUUUGGAGGGCUGUUUCCCCGGUACUAUUUGUCCAAGAAAUUUGGGGUUUGGAGUGGAUGUGUUAGGAGCUCGCAAACGGGGGGUUGAAUACAACCCUCCUUUCAGACUUCACCCUAUCGUCAAGUUUCCUAGCGUCAAGGAUGCAUCUGCUGGAGUCAGGGGAAUAUCAUCCCCUAACUUUGCUGGUCGAUUCGUCCCGAUUAUUUUACUCCUCGCUAGACUUUUUGAUGUCAAUCGAUGCGUGCUUAUCACCCCUUUCUUAGCCGCUGUACUCUUCAGGAUUUCCCGGUUAAGCUGGGACCGUCUCCGGAAGUUAGUCUCGUCACCUAAUGUAAAAAAGGAAGACUUCAAACAAACUUUGCAGCAAGCUAUGAAAGAAAAGGGGUUAGAUACCAAACUUAGAAAUACUGUUUUUCACUGGGUACGAACCCAAAACAAACAAAACAAACUAGACCCUUUAACAUCUUUGAUGAAAGCAAGUGCACAAUGGGAAAAAAGAAUUCAUAAGUCACUAAAUUCUAUGUGUUCCGAUCUUGAAACGUCCUUAGCUAAAAUACGGUCCCAAAGCGAACAGGAGGAACUAACAGAAAAGUGGAAUGAACUCAGUACAUACAAUUUAGAUUUAUCUAAAUACAGACCAGUUUAUGCACCAAAAGAUUUUUUAGAAGUUUUACUAACCUUAUCCGGUUAUGUUCCAUACACAAGAGAGUUCGCAAGACGUUUCUCCACGACCAUUGGAGUAAUGUCUAUUCGAGAAAUUAUGUUUAUGUUUGUGGGAAGCACACUAAUUGAACCAGAUGAGUCUGAACUAGACGUUCUGCCAAAAGCACUCUUAAAAGAUGAGCCUAAAUGGGAAUUUGCACAUUUACCAUUACAAGUUAAAACUUUAGAUCAGUUGCGAGCAGUGUUCCUAGAAUGGUCGAGCGGCGAGCCCUUACUUGGAGUAAACGCUAAUAUGCCAAGUUCUGUGCCGGGAUUCACGACGCUUGAAGCGGAGCGCAUAGGACUCGGCGAGCGUGUGUCAGCGCUAGGGUACGCGCCCGUUAUACAGGAGUACCUGAAGAAAGGCAGCCCACAAUGCUUGCGUGCCAAGCUUUGGUCACAGGUGCUUGGAGCUGACAUCACGACACAGCAACUCAGUUACUUCAACCAAUUGAAGAAAAGUGUUCUAGACGUAGACCUCAUGAUUGACAAAUUAAUAUUUAAAGAUGUACAACUAACUGCUUCCAAUGAUGACCAGUAUUUUGUGUUUGAGGAUCUCCUUUACCAGGUGAUGUUGUGCUUUUCCCGGGACUAUGAAGUGAUGCAACAACUAAAAGGUAGCAUCGGAAAUCCUCUAACUGUUACUAUAAAGGGCAAGCAAACAUCCGCGGAAAGCGUUACCGUUUUUCCACCGAGUGGCAUUAUACCUUUCCAUGGAUUCACUAUGUAUGCGACACCGUUUUGUUAUUUGUACGAUGAUCCCGCACAACUGUAUUAUACAUUUCGCGCGUUUUAUAUCCGGUACUGGCACAGACUUCAUUAUAUAUCGACGCAUCCACAGGAUCAGAGUAGUGUUCAAAUGGUUAAUGAGAGCAUUCAGUGGGCAUCUUCCACCGGAUCAACUGUUGCUGCUGUGGGACGCUAUACUAGGGUACGAUUGCCUGGAGAUACUGCCGCUGCUCGCUCUUUCCAUACUAAGCUUCAGGAAGGAAAACAUAUUUCAAGUGAACACCCUACAGAAUGUAGACGCCGUCUUAGCGGAUCUCUCCACUAUAUCAGUUAUACCUCUAUUACAAUUGGCUUUAAUGAAAACAUAGAAUAUCUUGCACAAGGUGGUCAUUACAGAUUGAAUGUCAGUGUCUACUCUAUAUAGAAGUGUCGGUGCGAGUGUUUUUUUUUAAACAACCUUGC